AUGAGAUUGAUAUCGCAGGUUCUCUACGCGGCCAUCGCAGUUGCUGGAGUCCGCGCUGUGGCUCCGGAGGAGCCAUCAAACUCGCAAACCCAUCGCAAUGCGUAUGCGCGGCGUAUGCUGGGUUCCUCCUUUGGCAUUCCCAAGAACCAAACGUUCGAUUACGUCGUCAUUGGCGGGGGCACGGCUGGCUUAACUAUCGCAACUCGGCUGGCCGAACAGGGCGCCGGCUCAGUUGCUGUUGUUGAAGCAGGAGGCUUCUAUGAGCUGAACAAUGGCAAUCUUAGCCAGAUUCCUGCCCAGGAUGCCUUCUACGUUGGCACGGAUCUCGACGAUUGGCAGCCAGGCAUCGAUUGGGGAUUUCACACUACGCCUCAAGCGGGUGCUUACAACCGGGCAAGUCACUACGCACGGGGAAAGUGUCUAGGGGGCAGUUCAGCACGCAAUUACAUGGCAUAUCAACGCGGCACCAAGGCGGCGUACCAGCAGUGGGCAGAUAUUGUGGGGGAUUCCAGCUAUUCCUGGGAGCACUUCCUGCCAUUCUUCGAAAAGAGCCUUAAUUACACUCCCGCAGACGAUGCGCUGCGCGGUGCAAAUGCCAGUGUCACGAGUGAUCCAACUGUGCUAGGAACCGGCGACGGCCCCUUAUCCGUGACCUAUCCUCACUAUGCUCAGGCCUUUGCGACGUGGGCGCAACAUGCCUUGGUGGAGAUCGGCCUCCAGAUACGCAAUGGGUUCCAGAGUGGAGCACUUUUGGGCCAGGCCUACGGCCUUUACACGAUCAAUGCCACAACCAUGCAUCGCGAGUCGUCCGAGACGUCUUUCCUGCGCCAGGGACUCACCGAUCCAAACCUCACGGUCUUCCAAUCGGCACUGGCAAAGCGCAUCCGCUUCCACGGCAAGCGGGCUGUCGGAGUCGACGUGGAGACCAUGGGGCAUGCGUACACGCUCUCCGCACGCAAAGAGAUUGUACUCUCAGCAGGAGCCUUCCAAUCCCCCCAGUUGCUCAUGGUUUCUGGCGUGGGUCCUGCGGCCACACUGAAAGCUCAUGGUAUUCCCCUCGUAGCGAACCGGCCAGGCGUGGGCCAAGGCAUGCAGGAUCAUAUCAUCUACGCCCCCUCUUAUCGGGUCAAUGUCAUCACGCAGUCGGCCCUGCUAAAUGAGGAGUUCGAGGCACAGGCCAACCGCGACUACAACGAGCGAGCGGCGGGCAUCUACGCCAAUCCCACGUCGGAUAUCCUAGCGUGGGAGAAAAUCCCUGAACCCAUGCGAUCCACCUUCUCCAAUCACACCCUUCAGGUGCUUGCCGAAUACCCGGAUGACUGGCCAGAGGUCGAGUUCCUGACCAUGGGCGGAUAUUUCGGCUAUCAAAAGAACUAUAUCCGAGACAAUCCUAGCGACGGAUAUAAUUACGCCUCGCUUGCGGUCUCGCUCUGUACACCGCGCUCACGGGGAAAUAUCACGAUCACAUCGCCCGACGCCGCGGUGCCACCGGUGAUCAACCCUAACUGGCUCACCGAUUCGGUCGAUGUCGAACUCGCGGUGGCGGCCUUCAAGCGGACCCGCGACUUCUUCAAUACCACAGCCAUCAAGCCCAUUCUCAUCGGGCCUGAAUACUUCCCUGGCUCCCAGGUCGCCACAGAUGAGGAAAUUCUGGAUCAUGUCCGUAAGAGCUUCGAUACCAUUUUCCACGCCUCUUGUACAUGUGCGAUGGGCCAGGCAAAGGACCCCCAGGCAGUGGUGGAUUCUAAAGCCCGGGUCAUCGGCGUUGACGCCCUGCGCGUGGUGGAUGCAUCAGCAUUUCCCCUCCUACCACCAGGCCAUCCCCAGUCCACAAUCUACGCACUGGCAGAGAAGAUUGCCUGCGACAUUUCGGGCAACUGUUAA